AAAAAUACAAAAAUUAGCUGGGCGUGGUGGUGGGCGCCUGUAGUCCCAGCUACUUGGGAGGCUAAGGCAGGAGAAUCGCUUGAAUACAGGAGGUGGAGGUUGCAGCAAGCCAAGGUCGUGCCACUGCACUCCAGCCUGGUGACAGAGCAAGACUCCGUCUCAAAAAAAAUAUUUUUAUAAAAAUAAAAUAAAAUGAACCUUCUUAUGGAACAUUGGCAAAAAAAAAAAAAAAAAAAUACAUGUAGCAGGUAUUUAUAAAAAUACUUUGCUCCACACUCUGAUUUAGGUGCUAGGGUUUCCUUUAGUCCUUCCCACUCCGCACACUGGGAGUACUUGAAAAUCUAUGUUGGCAUGCACUUUUUACAUCUUCUAAGUCACUUGACACAUUUGGCCUGAUAUAUGGCUUAUCAGUAUAUUUCUUCUAGACUAAAGAAAUGGGAAUUGUAUUGUUGUCUUUGAAGUCUACAGUAUCUAUCAGAGGGCCUGGCACUAAUGGAAACUUAGUCAAUAUUUGUUGAAUAAUGAUGGUAAGUUCUCUGAGAGACUUGCCUGAAGCUGCUUGGAAGCAGUAUCUGAGCUGCAGAUUGUGACCUAUUGUAAUGUAUGCCUCUGGGAAUUUACUUACACAAUGGGAUGUUCUCUAUAUAUUUUUAAAGCUUGUUUGUAGUCUAUAUGAUCUAAAUCUUUUUUUUCUUUCAGUUUAGCAGAUAUUUUCAGAAAUGGAUACAUAAGAAAUGGCUGGAAAUCAAAUGAAUGUCCAAAGAAGAGCUUAGGGUCUUAGUAACAUUCUUUUUUAAAUAACUGUCUGCCAAAAUGUCAUUACACAGUACUCAUAAUAGAAAUAACAGCGGUGAUAUUCUUGAUAUUCCUUCUUACCAAAAUAGUUCAUCACUGAAUGCCCUCACCCACAGUAGCCGACUUAAGCUGCAUUUGAAGUUGGAUAUGUCAGAAUGUGAAAAUGAUGAUCCAUUAUUGAGAUCUGCAGGUAAAGUCAGAGACAUAAAUAGAACUUACGUUAUUUCUGCCAGUAAAAAAACAGCAGACAUGCCCCUUACCCCUAAUCCUGUAGGUAGAUUGGCACUUCAGAGAAGAACUACAAGGAACAAAGAAUCAUCUUUGCUUGGUAGUGAGUUGGAAGACACAACUGAAAAAACAGCAGAAACACGUCUUACAUUACAACGUCGUGCUAAAACAGAUUCUGCAGAAAAGUGGAAAACAGCUGAAAUAGAUUCUGUCAAAAUGACACUGAAUGUGGGAGGUGAAACAGAAAAUAAUGGUGUUUCUAAGGAAAGUAGAACAAAUGUAAGGAUUGUAAAUAAUGCUAAAAACUCUUUUGUUGCCUCUUCUGUACCUUUAGAUGAAGAUCCACAGGUCAUUGAAAUGAUGGCUGAUAAGAAAUACAAAGAAACAUUUUCUGCCCCUGGUAGAGCAAAUGAAAAUAUUGCACUUAAGUACUCAAGUAAUAGACCACCCAUUGCUUCCCUGAGUCAGACUGAAGUUGUUAGAUCAGGACACUUGACAACGAAAGCUACUCAGAGCAAGUUGGAUAUCAAAGUGUUGGGAACAGGAAACUUGUAUCAUAGAAGUAUUGGGAAGGAAAUUGCAAAAACGUCAAAUAAAUUUGGGAGCUUAGAAAAAAGAACACCUACAAAAUGUACAACAGAACACAAAUUGACGCCAAAGUGCGGCCUGCCUCAGCUUAAGAGCCCAGCUCCAUCAAUACUGAAGAAUAGAAUGUCUAACCUUCAAGUUAAACAAAGACCAAAAAGUUCCUUUCUUGCAAAUAAACAGGAAAGGUCCGCAGAAAAUACAAUUCUUCCCGAAGAAGAAACUGUAGUUCAGAACACCUCUGCAGCAAAAGACCCCUUAAAAGUAGAGAAUAGUCAAGUGACAGUGGCAGUACGCGUAAGACCUUUCACCAAGAGAGAGAAGAUUGAAAAAGCAUCCCAGGUAGUCUUCAUGAGUGGGAAAGAAAUAACUGUGGAACAUCCUGACAUGAAACAAGUUUAUAAUUUUAUUUAUGAUAUUUCAUUCUGGUCUUUUGAUGAAUGUCAUCCUCACUACGCUAGCCAGACAAUUGUCUAUGAGAAGCUAGCAGCACCACUCCUAGAAAGAGCCUUUGAAGGCUUCAAUACCUGUCUUUUUGCUUAUGGUCAGACUGGCUCUGGAAAAUCAUAUACGAUGAUGGGAUUUAGUGAAGAACCAGGAAUAAUUCCAAGAUUUUGUGAAGAUCUUUUUUCUCAAGUAGCCAGAAAACAAACCCAAGAGGUCAGCUAUCACGUUGAAAUGAGCUUCUUUGAAGUAUAUAAUGAAAAAAUUCAUGACCUUCUGGUUUGUAAAGAUGAAAAUGGGCAGAGAAAGCAACCACUGAGAGUGAGGGAACAUCCUGUUUAUGGACCAUAUGUUGAAGCACUGUCAAUGAAUGUUGUCAGUUCUUACACUGAUAUCCAGAGUUGGCUAGAAUUGGGAAAUAAACAAAGAGCUACUGCUGCUACUGGUAUGAAUGAUAAAAGCUCCCGAUCUCAUUCAGUUUUCACCCUGGUGAUGACCCAGACCAAGACAGAAUUUGUGGAAGGGGAAGAACACGAUCACAGAAUAACAAGUCGAAUUAACCUAAUAGAUCUGGCAGGCAGUGAGCGCUGCUCUACGGCUCACACUAAUGGAGAUCGACUAAAGGAAGGUGUGAGUAUUAAUAAGUCCUUGCUAACUUUGGGAAAAGUUAUAUCUGCCCUCUCUGAACAAGCAAACCAAAGGAGAGUUUUUAUUCCUUAUCGUGAAUCUGUUCUUACAUGGCUGUUAAAAGAAAGUCUGGGUGGAAAUUCAAAAACUGCAAUGAUUGCUACGAUUAGUCCUGCUGCCAGCAACAUAGAAGAAACAUUAAGCACACUUAGAUAUGCUAACCAAGCCCGUUUAAUAGUCAAUGUUGCCAAAAUAAAUGAAGAUAUGAACGCUAAGUUAAUUAGAGAAUUGAAGGCAGAAAUUGCAAAGCUAAAAGCUGCUCAGAGAAACAAUCGGAAUAUUGACCCUGAGCAAUACAGGCUCUGUCGGCAAGAAAUAACAUCCUUAAGAAUGAAACUGCAUCAACAGGAGAGAGACAUGGCAGAAAUGCAAAGAGUGUGGAAAGAAAAGUUUGAACAAGCUGAAAAAAGAAAACUUCAAGAAACUAAAGAGUUACAGAAAGCAGGAAUUACAUUUCAAAUGGACAAUCAUUUACCAAACCUUGUUAAUCUGAAUGAAGAUCCACAACUAUCUGAGAUGCUGCUAUAUAUGAUAAAAGAAGGAACAACUACAGUUGGAAAGUAUAAACCAAACUCAAGCCAUGAUAUUCAGUUAUCUGGGGUGCUGAUUGCUGAUGAUCAUUGUACUAUCAAAAAUUUUGGUGGGACAGUGAGUAUUAUCCCAGCUGGGGAAGCAAAGACAUAUGUAAAUGGAAAACAUAUUUUGGAAAUCACAGUAUUACGUCAUGGUGAUCGAGUGAUUCUUGGUGGAGAUCAUUAUUUUAGAUUUAAUCAUCCAGUAGAAGUCCAGAAAGGAAAAAGGCCAUCUGGAAGAGAUGCUCCUAUAAGUGAGGGUCCAAAAGACUUUGAAUUUGCAAAAAAUGAGUUGCUCAUGGCACAGAGAUCACAACUCGAAGCAGAAAUAAAAGAGGCUCAGUUGAAGGCAAAGGAAGAAAUGAUGCAAGGAAUCCAGAUUGCAAAAGAAAUGGCUCAGCAAGAGCUUUCUUCUCAAAAAGCUGCAUAUGAAAGCAAAAUAAAAGCGCUGGAAGCAGAACUGAGAGAAGCGUCUCAAAGGAAAAAAAUGCAGGAAAUAAAUAACCAGAAGGCUAAUCACAAAAUUGAGGAAUUAGAAAAGGCAAAGCAGCAUCUUGAACAGGAAAUAUAUGUCAACAAAAAGCGAUUAGAAAUGGAAACUUUGGCUACAAAACAGGCUUUAGAAGACCAUAGCAUCCGCCAUGCAAGAAUUCUGGAAGCUUUAGAAACUGAAAAGCAAAAAAUUGCUAAAGAAGUACAAAUUCUACAGCAGAAUCGGUAUAAUAGGGAUAAAACUUUUACAAUGCAGACAACUUGGAGCUCUAUGAAACUCUCAAUGAUGAUUCAGGAAGCCAAUGCUAUCAGCAGCAAAUUGAAAACAUACUAUGUUUUUGGCAGACAUGAUAUAUCAGAUAAAAGUAGUUCUGACACUUCUAUUCGGGUUCGUAACCUGAAACUAGGAGUCUCAACAUUCUGGAGUCUGGAAAAGUUUGAAUCUAAACUUGCAGCAAUGAAAGAACUUUAUGAGAGUAAUGGUAGUAACAGGGGUGAAGAUGUCUUUUGUGAUCCUGAAGAUGAAUGGGAACCCGACAUUAUGGAUGCACCAGUUUCUUCACUUUCUAGAAGGAGGAGUAGGAGUUUGAUGAAGAACAGAAGAAUUUCUGGUUGUUUACAUGACAUACAAGUCCAUCCAAUUAAGAAUUUGCAUUCUUCGCAUUCAUCAGGUUUAAUGGACAAAUCAAGUACUAUUUACUCAAAUUCAGCAGAGUCAUUUCUUCCUGGAAUUUGCAAAGAAUUGAUUGGUUCUUCAUUAGAUUUUCUUGGACAGAGUUAUGAUGAAGAAAGAACUAUAGCAGACAGCCUAAUUAAUAGUUUUCUUAAAAUUUAUAAUGGGCUAUUUGCCAUUUCCAAGGCUCAUGAAGAACAAGAUGAAGAAAGUCAAGAUAACUUGUUUUCUUCUGAUCGAGCAAUCCAGUCACUUACUAUUCAGACUGCAUGUGCUUUUGAGCAGCUAGUACUGCUAAUGAAACACUGGCUGAGUGAUUUACUGCCUUGUACCGACAUAGCAAGACUUGAGGAUGAAUUGAGACAAGAAGUUAAAAAACUGGGAGGCUACUUACAGUUAUUUUUGCAGGGAUGCUGUUCAGAUAUUUCAUCAAUGAUAAAAGAGGCUCAAAAGAAUGGAAUCCAAAUUGUACAACAAGCUGUAAAGUAUGUGGGGCAGUUAGCAGUUCUGAAAGGGAGCAAGCUACAUUUUCUAGAAAAUGGUAACAAUAAAGCUGCCAGUGUCCAGGAGGAAUUCAUGGAUGCUGUCUGUGAUGGUGUAGGCUUAGGAAUGAAGAUUUUAUUAGAUUCUGGACUGGAAAAAGCAAAAGAACUUCAGCAUGAACUCUUAAGGCAGUGUACAAAAAAUGAGGUUACCAAAGAAAUGAAAACUAAUGCCAUGGGAUUGAUUAGAUCUCUUGAAAACAUCUUUGCUGAAUCGAAAAUUAAAAGUUUCAGAAGGCAAGUACAAGAAGAAAACUUUGAAUACCAAGCUUUCAAGAAGAUGGUUAAUCGUGCUCCAGAAUUCUUAAAGUUAAAACAUUGCUUAGAGAAAGCUAUUGAAAUUAUUAUUUCUGCACUGAAAGGAUGCAGUAGUGAUGUAAAUCUUCUCCAGACUUGUGUUGAAAGUAUUCGUAUCUUGGCCAGUGAUUUUUACAGUGACUUCAGUGUGCCUUCUACUUCUGUUGACAGCUAUGAGAGUAGAGUAACUCACGUUGUCCACCAGGAACUAGAAUCUCUAGCUAAGUCUCUCCUCUUUUGUUUUGAAUCUGAAGAAAGUCCUGAUUUGUUGAAACCCUGGGAAACUUAUAAUCAAAAUACCAAAGAAGAACACCAACAAUCUAUAUCAAGCGGGAUUGACGGCAGUAAGAAUAAAGGUGUACCAAAGCGUGUCUAUGAGCUCCGUGGCUCAUCCCCAGCAGUGAGCUCAGAGGAAUGCAUACCCAGUAGGAUUCAGUGGGUGUGAAUACUGAUGUGUAGGCACUUUUAUGACCACCCAUGCAUGAAAGAGAACACUUGCUGGGCAAUUUUCUUUAUGCAGGAGAGUUUAAGAGAAAUCAGUACAGAUAUUUCAAAAAAGUCCAUGUCUUUUUAUCUUUAAAAUAUCUUUUUAUCAAAGGCUGGAGGUGGUGGCUCACGCCUGUAAUCCCAGUACUUUAGGAGGCUGAGGUGGGCAGAUGACGAGGUCAGGAGUUCGAGACCAGCCUGGCCAACAUGGCGAAACCCCGUCUCUACUAAAAAUACAAAAAUUUGCCGGGCAUGGUGGCGCAUGCCUGUAAUCCCAGCUACUGGGGGGCUGAGGCAGGAGGAUCGCUUGAACCUGAGAGGCAGAGGUUGCAGUGAGCCGAUAUCGUGCCACUUCACUCCAGUCUGAGCAACAGAACGAGACUCAGUCAAAAUAAAUAAAUAAAUAAAAUAUCUUUUUAUCUUUAAAGUGUUUAACUUUGGUAUACUAUCUGUAGUUGGUUCAUUAGUCUGUUUAUAAAGGGUUAUUUUCUCAUGAGUGGAAACCUGAACAAUCAGUUACCUUUGUGCCUAUGCCUUCUCUCUCCUCAGACAGCUGGGAUGAUGUUUAUGGUGAAAUGGCCUAUACAAGUUUAACUAAGACAACUUAACUUGCGUUGUUAAUCAAAAACUCUUUUCUCAAAGGGUUAACUGGUUGCCAUUUUGAAUAGUAUGUUCAAGGGUGUAGCUUCCUGUUUCUUUCCAAAUUAUAAGUAGCUACCAAAAUACAGUAUGAUUAUAUAUUAAUAAUAUGGCUUGGUGGCAUAAUAGUUUACCCUGUUAUCUGUGUUCCAUAAUAGGGGCUGUGUGAAUAUUAUUUAAAACUAAUUAAAUGUUGCCAGAAUUAUACUAAACUGUUGAAUGAGUUUAGAUCAGAGGCUGGACCUUCUCUUGAUAAUGCUUGUUUUGUUAAAGGUAUAAUGAAAUAAUUUGUAUAUGAUUUGAUGAAGAUUAAAGAUCCUUAUAUUCCACAGCUUUAAAAAAAAACCUUUAUUUAUGAUCAAGUAAUAAAGAUAAUAUUCUACUUGUGGGAACUUACAUUAAGGAAAUAGUUUGACAUUUUUGACCUCAAGAGUAUGUAUAAUUUGAAGAGAUACUUAGUAACUAUGCUUGGGUGAUAUUGAGCAGUUCCUAAAAAACAAUUCAUUUAAAUGACCUGAUCCUUUCAUUUGCCCUUUUCAAAUUUACAGAUACUACUUGUACAUUUGGCAUAACUAGUUGAAAUUGGCCAUUAGUACCAUGAAUAAAUCUGAUAGUUACCUUGUUAGGAAGAGAUUGUAAGUAAACACGGUCAUUGCAGUCAGAACAGUAUUAGUGAACCUUGUGUGGUGUUUUCAAGCUCUUUAAAAUGGUACAGUGUAGCACAUUUACUUUCAUUUCUUUUUUAUUUUUGGCAUUUGACCUUGUAUUCUUUCUGAAGCUCUGUAUGUAUUUUUAUUAGACAAUACUUUGGCAAGUAGCACUUUGCCUGUCCAGUUUGCUGGAGUGUAGAUGUACAUAUGAGGAUUUCCCAGGAGGUGCACCUCUUUGAAGAACUUCCUGAAGUAUGUGUAUAGUAGUUUUCAUCUUAAUAUUCAGUAUUUAAUCUUCAGUUUGUGCUUUGUAAACUCACGACUUAAUUGGUCAGAAACUUUUUAGUGUCUUCAUAAAAUUUUAUAUAUAUAUUUAUACUUAAUACAUUGUGAUACUGUAUUUGAAUGAAUGGUGAAAAAAUAUUUGCUAUUGGAAUUAUGUGCACUGACAAGAAAUGUUAUAAAGAAAAUGCCUUUAAUAAAUCUUUUCAGCAUUAGAAUUGC